CACUUCUGUCUCACUUGCCCAAACAUUUGUCUCCGCUGUCCGUAUCAUCCGCACCACACCCCUGCCUGGACACCGCUGAACACCGCCGGCUGGAGCUCGACAUUUCUCCGGGAGACGCGACAAACAUAUUACGCCGACUGCGACGCGGCUUGAGCUGACCGCGACCGCGACACAACACAUUACGCGACACGAACGAACAUACUCCGAAAUCAUGGUUCGCACGCGCCAUUCCCUCGCUGCGCCCGACGAGGACGACUUGGAGCUCGGGCUGGAGAAUGGAGAGAAACCGAAAUGGAUGAAGGAACUACAAAUUGAUGGGAAAGAGACGUUGAAGGGCGAGAAGAAGGCUGAUCGGGGUAUGGGAGUUUACACGUGGCGCGGAGCAGUGUAUGCGAUUGAUGAGAAUACGCCCAAGGAAUGGAUUGAGGCGGAAGCGAAUCGGCAGAGGAGGUCGGAGAAGAAGGAGAAGGAGAGGCAGAAGAGUCAGACGCCUGUCACGAAUACUGCGAACGUGCCGCGAUUUUCGAAUUUGAAGCCGAAGGUGCAGCAGCAGCAGCAGGACUCUAUGACGAUGCAGCUGGAGGAGCAAUCCGAGACACAGGCGCGAACGAGCAAUACCAAGAAGCGAGCGAGAGAAGAGGGGUCUGCUGCAGAGGAGGCGACGAGAGUGAUCAAGAAGCCGCGCAAGGCCUUGAACAGCCUCAAGGACAAGCCCGCGCAGCCUCAGCGGCACUAUCUCUUUCCGUCUCUGAAUGCGCAGCCCAAGAAGAAGAAGAUGAAGCCCAAGUCAGAUACCCCGCGCUUCGAAUCGAGUGUCAGUGCCAGCCAGAAGACUCGAGAAGAGGUGGAGCAGAGCAGGAAGGAGGCGAAAGGCAGAGGAUUCGAUGUCGAUAUGCUGUCCGAGUCCGGUCUCUCAUUACCACCCAAUACCAAUCCGCCAUCCGAGGUGCAAACCACAAUGCCGACGCCGCCCUCGCAAAUCCUGGAGAUGCCCAAAUCAUUCACGAUGCCCUUCUCCGACCAAGACAAGCAGACUCUGGGCAGAAUAGUCUGCAACAUCACCGAGCCUGAGGCCAACCAACUUGCCGCCACCAUCGUCGAAAUAGGCAAGAUAAAUCAACGAGCACAGGCACUCCAACACGACUCCGAAGGCCUGCUCGAGCACAUGACUCGGGUCAAGGAGCGCAUGUUGGCACGGAGGGUGGGCGGGAGCCUGGAGAAGCAGGAUCGACAUCACCACCACCACGAUUCGCCGAUGAUGGGCGCAGCCCAGGAGAUGACUCCUCCCGCCGAGGAUCCUCCCACCCACACCGCCGCCACCACUGCCAACAGCAUCCGCCUUCCCUCGCUCUUCCACGACGACGCUCCCUCAGAGCACACCCUCUCCUCACCAGCCCCGCACCACGAUCUCUACUCCCUCAUUCUCCCUCCCAUCAAUCGUGGCGGUCAGCAGCAGCGAUGGAGUCUCGACAGUGAGAAACUCCACCAGCACCAGCAGCAGCAACAGCAACAGUCUCUGCCCUCGCUGACGCAGCACCGCCACGAUGAUGACCGCGCCGAAUCGUUGAUCUACCGCGGCCGGUUCGAGGGAGAGAGUCAGAGUGCCAGGCGCCGCCGCAUCGAUCGAGAAGUGAAGAUUCUGGAGAGUUUGCCGCGCUUACUCGAUCGUAUGCCGGAUGCUUCUGCGGGAGCGAAGAAGGCGGCGGCGCCGGGAAAGGGUGGGCUGGGGUUCUGAGGGGAGAGCAGGAGGUGGAGCGAUAGGGUGGUUUGGGAAUUGAUGAAUUAUGAUAGAAUGAAUUGAAAUGAAAUGAUGAUAUGGUUCUCUUGUGCUUUUACUUCUCGUCGUGUGUUUUGGUUGCCGUGCUUUCACUUUGAAGACGGGUUUCUCUGGUAUGAGAUCCCUUUCAAAGCGCACAGGCGAAAACAACCCGAGGACAAGGGAUCGGCCGGUGAAGCAGAGAAGAAGAUCGCUGACGAGUUUUUCUGAAUUGGCAAGACUGUCGGUGCUACCUGAUAGGGAAAUGACGGGCGAGAGGAAGGUUCGUGCUGCUAGCGGAGCAGGGAGACAUCUUUCCUUUCCAGACCCCAUAAAGCACAACCAGAGAGACGUCCUCACCUCCGUACCCCCUAGCAUCAAGACUCUGUACUUCAGUACCAGGCAAGUCGCAGAGGAUGUAGCAUUCAAGAAGUGACGAGAUCGAGUGGGCCAGUAGGAGGAGAUAUAUUCGGCGCGAGCGCGAAGAGUGGAGACGACAUAAUGCAGCUUAAUGGGGGGCCCAUACACACAGCAGGCUC